UCCUAAAUGUAAUUUAAUUUAUUCUUAUAGGUGUAGCAUCUAUGACAGUGCCUGUGUACAUCGCAGAAGUUGCUCCGCCGCACUUAAGAGGCAGAUUAGUCACCAUUAACACCCUGUUCAUCACUGGAGGGCAGUUUUUUGCAAGCGUCGUGGAUGGACUGUUCAGCUACCUCGUGAAGGAUGGAUGGAGGUACAUGUUGGGGCUGUCAGCUGUGCCAGCAGUUAUACAGUUUUUUGGUUUCCUGUUUCUCCCUGAAAGCCCCCGCUGGCUGAUUCAGAAAGGCCAGACUCAGAGAGCAAGGAGGAUUCUGUCUCAGAUGCGUGGCAACCAGGCAAUCGAUGAGGAGUAUGACAGUAUCAAAAACAACAUUGAAGAAGAAGAAAAGAAGUUGGAGCAGGUAUGCUGUGAAUGCUUGUUGGCAUCUCUGUCAGUCAUUGAAGAGAUGAAAUGAGAAGAAAUGUUCACAUCAUAGCCUAUGGGAGCCUGAUGAUUUGCUGUUCUUGAUAGUUUUGCUGUUUAAUAUACUUCAUGUACUGGUAAUUUCAGAGUUGAAUAGAUGUUUCUCUGAUACUACAGUUUAAAUUUAAUUCUGUUUUCUUAAGUGAGGAAGAAGUUCUGUAAGAUUACAAGUUAUGCAAGCUAGAGUUACAUGAGAAUUGCACUCAAAAAAUUUCCCAUUUUAAGAAUGCACAUCUUGAAGAGUGGAAAUAAAAUAGUUUGGUUUCUCUCUUCAAAGAAAAAGGUCUAACAACCAUUAAGGUCAGAAGGCAUUUUGCAUGCAUGCGUUAUCCAGAGUCUAUAUUGUGGCUGAUCAUAAUUCCAGCUAAGCAGUUUUGGAAAGAUUUACAAAAUAAUUUUUCAGUAAGGGCAGUUUCUGAAGUCUUCUUAGUCUGCCCAAGAGAAUGCAGCAUCUUAAUCAAAUACUUUUAUACUGUUUUUGUAUCCUUAUGCUGUAAUUACUCAAAACUGUGUGUGUACGUAGACAGGUAUUAUAAAGCAAGAUUACCAUUCCAUUGACUAUCUUCUUGACUACUAAUUAAUUUUUCUUAGGUUUGUGCUGAAGUAGGAUAGGAAUCUUAAUUAAGUCUCUAAAGUGAGAUUUACCUUAGUUCUUGCUUCUUUAAAUGUAGUUAGUAUGGUAUUGUAACUUCUUACAGGAUGUGGAAAGAAAAAUGUGAUUUAUUUUACAGCUGUACAUACUGAGAUCUUAUAUCUGAUAGUAUCCAAUCUCAUUGCCUCCUUGAGUUUAACUUUGAAGCUUACAAUAGAAGAUUGGGUAGCUUGAAGUUACUGCAUUCAAAAUGUUCAAAUGUUCAUCACUGAUUUGUAGCAGGGCUGGAUUUGUUUCUUCCAUUAUUUUUCAGGCUUUUGGACACUUUUUUUUGUUUGUUUGUUCUUUAGCAGUGGAAAGAAAAGUUCUUUGAGUAGAUCUGACAAAAGACUGAAGUGGACAUUAUUAGAGCAGCUUGGAUUUUAAGAGUCUUGUACCAAGAUUCUCAAUCCUAAUUAGUCAUUGGACUGUUUGAUUCCAUGGAGAGCCACUUAAUGUCUGAUAUUAAUGUUUAUCUGCUUUGUAGAAAUAAAAGAAGCAGCUGUUUGGCUGGUUUGGUUCCUUGUUUUCAGUCACUGGGCUACACAGCACAACUUUGUUUCUCUCUUUUAACUCAUUUUUGUGCUGCUGCUUUGCAGUUUAUAAAUUUGUUGUUGUAAGAUUGUGGUAGGACUGACUCCAACUUGGUCCUUUUUGCAACUGUAUUUUGGACUGGCAGACCAGA